CUACCUGGCAGUAGAGCCGGUAAAGGGGCACGGCGGCGUAGGACGCCCCCAGCAUGCCCACGGCCGCCGCGGCCACAUACGUGAGGACGGUCUUGUUCCGCCGCCGCCAAUCCUCCUCCUGUGCGCGCGUGAAGGGGUUCGUGCUCUUCGGCCGCCGCGGCGGCUGCACCGCCAAGCUCGGGCGCCUCCAUGUCCCGAGCCGUCUCAGCUCCCUCUCAGCAUACCCUGUCCCGCUCCUCCCAGACCUGAGACAAGACUCUAACCUCUCCGCAGCCCUGGUCGGGUUCCCAGGGUGGUUCCAGGGCCACCCGCAGAAAGCCACACGCCUCCAUCCCGUACGCCAGAGCCCUCCCAUGGCACGGAAAGAACGCCCGCCUGUCAGAGGCCAGAGGCCAGAUCUCGCGAGGCCUGCUCUGUCUCGCGAUCUCUGGGUUGAGCCAGCCGCUGCCUUGGCUACGGGGCUCCUCAGGUGGCGGCGUUUGUAGUGGGGCUACGGAGGCCGGGUUGCCGGGAAAGUAUUUAAGAAGCUCAUGGAGUAAUAUGAGUCAGAGUAAUAUAGGAUCUGCAGGAAGUCCCUCAAGAUAGUUGGAAAAGAAGAAUUUAUAGACUCUUCGUCAAGAUCUUCAUUUAUACAGCUGUUAAAUCCAAGGCUACAGUGGUAGUGAAACCAUGAAUAAAAAUACAUCUGCCGUAGUAUCAUCCGGGCUACUUGAAAAGGAUCCUGCCUUUCAGAUGAUUACAGUUACCAAGGAGACAGGCCUUGGUCUGAAGAUCCUAGGAGGAAUUAACCGGAAUGAAGGUCCCUUGGUAUAUAUUCAGGAAAUCAUUCCUGGAGGAGACUGUUAUAAGGAUGGACGUUUGAAGCCAGGAGAUCAACUUGUCUCAAUAAACAAGGAGUCUAUGAUUGGUGUAUCAUUUGAAGAAGCAAAAAGCAUAAUUACCAGAGCCAAGUUGAGGUCAGAAUCUGCUUGGGAGAUAGCAUUCAUAAGACAGAAAUCUCACAGCAGUCAUUUAGAAAAUCCAUCGUGUUCAUCCCUUUUACAAGCUACAGGAGAAUAUGGACCUCAAGCCUCAAAAUUUAGUCUUCUUUCUUCUCCCUCUGAAAUACUAAUUCCAAAGACCUCAUCCACUCCCAAAUCUACAGAUGCCAUUUUACCUUCUUUUACGAUAAAUCAGAUAAAAACUGGAUACAAGAAAACAGAACAGAUUCCAAUUACUUCUUCAGACAACAGCCCUAUAGAUAUGCCUAAUACAGAUAUUGCCCCUGUGUUGACUGAUAAUUAUGGGCCACAAGGAAAGAAGAUUUCCCUAAAUCCCUCUGUUCGCCUUAAAGUAGAGAAACUGGAAAUGGCUCUAAAUUAUCUUGGUAUUCAGCCCACAAAGGAACAACACCAAGCCCUGAGACAGCAAGUGCAAGUAGACCCAAAGGGGACAGUGUCUUUUGGAGAUUUUGUCCAGGUUGCCAGAAACUUGUUUUGCUUGCAUUUGGGUGAAGCAAAUGUUGGUGCACAUGAAAUUUCCAACAUAUUAGACUCACAGCUUCUUCCCUGUGAUUCCUUAGAAGCAGAUGAAAUGGAAAGGCUUAAGCAUGAAAGAAAUGAUGCCUUGGAAGAAGUGAAUACACUUAAGGAAAAAUUAUUUGAAUCGGAAAGGCAAAGGAAACAAUUGACAGAAGAACUCCAGAAUGUGAAACAAGAAGCCAAAGCUGUGGUCGAAGAAACAAGAGCCCUGCGAAGUCGGCUUCAUCUUGCCGAAGCUGCACAGAGACAGGCACACGGAAUGGAAAUGGAUUAUGAAGAAGUGAUCCGUCUGUUAGAGGCCGAGAUUACAGAGCUGAAGGCUCAGCUUGCUGAUUAUUCUGACCAAAAUAAAGAAAGUGUUCAGGAGUUAAGAAAGCGAAUCACAGUACUUGACUGCCAAUUGCGAAAAUCAGAAAUGGCUCGAAAAACUUUUGAGGCAUCCACUGAAAAGCUUCUUCAUUUUGUAGAGGCUAUUCAAGAAGUGUUUUGUGAUAAUUCUCUUCCUUUGUCAAAUUUAAGUGAAAGAAGAGCUAUGUUAGCUUCCCAGACGUCCCUCACACCACUGGGAAGGAGUGGACGUAACAUCCCAGCAACGCUGGCACUUGAAUCUAAGGAACUUGUUAAAUCUGUCCGUGCCAUACUUGAUAUGGAUUGUCUACCUUAUGGGUGGGAGGAAGCUUACACAGCAGAUGGAAUCAAGUACUUCAUCAAUCACGUAACACAGACUACGUCCUGGAUGCAUCCCGUCAUGAGCGCACUGACCCUGUCCUGCUCAGAGGAGAACGAAGAGGAUUGCUCCAGAGAACUUCCUGACCAGAAGAAUUGAUGGUUUUCUGUGGGAAGCUGCGGUCCAUGGUCUUCUGGCAUCUCCGUCGACGUGGAGGACUCUGAGACGCGACAUCUAAAAUAGGAGUAAAACACACACUACUUAGUGAAGUUGUGAAAUGGAGACUGGAUUUAAGCUAUUUUUGUAAAACUUUUUGAUAUAACUGUAUACAUUUACAAAAUUAAUUGCCACUAUAGUAGUUCUUUAGGAAUAAUCUAGUCCUGUUUUUGAAAUCAUAUGUAAUUGGAUUUUAUAAUAUAUAUAAUUUUUCAUAUGUAAUUAUGUAAUUUUAUAUUUAGUUCUUUAUAGAAUAUCAGACACAGUGGUUUUUAUAAUUAAGACAUUGAAAAAUUAUGUGAGCAUAAUGAAACACUUCAUUUAUUUGGUAAUUCACUAACCUUUUAUAUGCGUACCUUAGGAAAGUGAUUUAAGCAAGCUUUUCCACAGGCCACUGGAUAUAGCUUACAUCUUUAUGAUGCUUUCUAAUUUACAAAAUGCUUUUCAGACCCUGUUUUAUGUAAACCAUACAACACGCCUGUGAGGCAACUCCACUGGGUAUUUUUCAGUUAGGAAAAGAGCAGUUCAGAGAAAUGAAGCACCUUGUCCUGGAGCUGAGGCUCACACCCUCACCUUCCGAUUCCAUGUCCAGGCCCCUUUGCCCCACACCCUGCUGUCCCUGCAGAGGCAGGUCGCAGCCCGACACACAGGGUCCCAUGUCUCUGUUGAUGCAGCUGAGCUCCACAGCUGUGUACCCCUGGGGCCACAGAGACUCAGGGGGCACUUCUUCAUUCAAACAUGGCCCCCACCCAACCUCAUAGUUCUCCUAUAAACCCUUCCCCCAAACACUUACCAAGCAGGGGCAUGGCUUUGUGAUGUUGAUUCAAUGGGCUUCUUUCAGCAGCUCACAUUUUUCUAAAGUAAAGGGACUGACUCCCUUGUGGGAUUUGCCCUGCUGGGUUGUCCUUGCCAGAGGGAGUGUUGAGGGGAGCUGAUGAAUAGAGGGGCAUCCGGAAUCUAUGUAUCAAAAGAGACAUCCUUGAACUCCUCUGCUGUGUGUUCCAGACUGACCUCAUUAUUGCUGAUAUCAGCCUCCAGACCGAUUAUGCUUCUGAUCUUAUUUCAUCUUAUUGUAAGGAUGCUACUAGACAGUUUUUGGAAGGAAUGAACCAUUGACUUGGAGUGCUAAAGAUUUUCUCUCCGUUUAAUGAUUUAAACCUGGGGCUGGGAAGUUGGGGCAGGGGGUGGGCAGAGAGGAGGAAGUCAUUUUCAGUGCUCUGGGCACUAAGUACCAACUGAAUAAUAAAAAGGGACUUAUCCUUACGCAGUGUUAUUAUAUAGUUAGGUGAUGUACUGUACUGAGGAAGAAAGUGAGCAAGAAUCAUUAAUUAAUCAGAAUACUGUUCCCAAACCAUCCGUGAUAACACAGAGAAGUUACUGUGUCUCUCUGGCCUCCUCUUCUACCCACCACCACCACCACUCCUCCUCCUUUCCCUCUUCCUCCUCCUCUUCCUCUCCUCCUCACUCCCUUCUCUCUUUCUCUCUCUCCCUCCCUCCCCACCUCUGAAAUACAAGUAAGAAAAAGGAACUCAGAGCCUUGAGGAUCACUUGACUCAGUGAUUUUCAAACAUCUUUUGGUGAAAAAGACUCAUUUUUCAAAUGAAUUCUUAAACAGAAUCUCAAUAUUUGUAACAGAUUCUUUUUUAAAUAUUGCUGUCCUGCUUGAAACAAGAUGAAGACCUGAAGCCCAAUUAAAACAGCCCCCAGCACUGCUAUGCAAACCUAAAACUCCUUAGAAUACAGUGUCAGAAUCAUCAAUUGUAACCAUUUAUAUGGAUGAGUAAACUGAGAUCCUAAGAGUUCACACAGUGAGGUCAAACUUAGACCUAGAUCCUGAGUCUCCUAGUCUACUGCAUUUCAUAUGGUAUGUUAUAUAGAUCUAUGUUGUAAAUAUAUGUGUACAUUAUGCUCAUGCACACAUUCCUGAAUAUAUGUAGGAUUUAUAAUUUACGUCUUGAAUGAUAACAUAAGUCAAAUCCAGGCUGAUAGGUAGUCAUUAGCCCUGAGAAAAGUUUCAGAAUGGCUGGAGAAACUUGUGUUUCCUCUGACAGCUCUUUGAAUAUUAGGAAGCUGCAGGGAGACAAGUUUUGAGAGAAGGCCCUGAAGGAGCUCUUUCCUUGUGUCCCCCAGAGAUGAGUGAGAUUCUCAAACACCCCAAGUUACUUUUAUAAAUUAGUAUCUAUAAUUGUGAAAGUACAGACUAUUUGUCGUUGCCAAAUUAAUGGUAUGAAGUGUCCCUCCCCUUCCUGGGAGUGUUUUACUAAUUUGUUUCUAGUGAGGAAAACACAGAAGAUGCUCAAGACACUUGGCAUCAAGAUCCUCAGGAAGCAGUUCACUGGCGGACGCCUCAUAGGUUAACUUUACCAUUUGGUGCCACUUUCCUUCCUGCUUCCUAAUCGAACACCUAAUGGAAAAGGCCUACAAAAAUCAUAAUGAAAUUAUUUAUUGGGCAUUUUGUGCCAUACAUUCAUGACGGAUAAUUUGCAUAUAUUAUUUCAUUAUCUUCUUAAAACAACCCCAUGAGGUAGAAACUAUGAUCAUCCUCAUUUUGUAAACAAGUUUAGGAUUAGAGAGAGUUGCUGAUCUUUGCCUCAGGGUGAUUCAGCACCUACGUGUGGAAACUGGGGCUCAAGGCAAGUCUUGCAGGGCCCAUUCUCUUAAACCACUGCAGAGCCAGUUAGAGCCACUGUGUGUGACACUGGCGGCAGAGCUGGGGUCCGUGGGUCAGUUUUACAAAGAGGCAGAUUCAAGUUCGGUGUGCUAAGGAACUUUCUGGUAGUCAGAACACAUCAGGAAAGAAUUCCCGAGGAGUAAGUGGAAACCAUGUCCCAGGAAGUGUGCUGUCAGUCUGAACUCCUUACUGGAAGACUGUUGCUGAGGAGGUUCAGGGUCUGAACUGGCUGGACCAUUUGAGCACUGUCUGAGAUUUCUUCCUCUUUAUGCUUCUGUGACCUCUGAACCCACAGAUAAAUGCCCCAAGAGAUGCUCAAAGAAACAUAUGGUGGGGAGUCAUUAAGAAUCCUUAUUCAAUGCAAGGAGAAUCCCCCAAUUAUUUCAGAGUGAGUUGACAUUUAUAUAGCCCAUCUUUCUUUAAGUCAACUCUAUUGUUGUGGUCAUUGUAAACUCUUCUCUCUUGACCCACUGACUCAGAUUGUAGGAUUUAAAAAUCUCAAUGUUCUUAAAUGCUUCCAUCUCACUUUACUAAAGAGUGACCUGGCUUAGCCUUCCUUACGUAUUUAAUCUCAGAAUAUUGACCGAGCACCAACAAUGAGCCAAGCACGGUACUAGGCACUAUGGUGAAGUAGGGCAAAAGCCGACCAUUUCCUGGGGUCUACUUACUGUUGGCUAAGAAGUUAAAAGCUUCUCAGGUAGUCAGAAUUGAAUAGCUUCUCUUUAAUUUUUUAAUUUUAAAAAUAACCUAUUUCCAUUAAAAAAAAAUCAAGUAGUAUGGAAUUGAAUAAAGUUAAAAGAUAGCCUAUCUCACUUUCCCAAGGUAGCUAUCACUAAUACUUUCAUGAGAAUUUUUACUCAAAGGAAAUCAUACUGUUGUAUCUUUCUUUUGACUUAAUAUAUUAUGGUCAUUUUUUUCAUGGUGAUGAUACAUAGAUUAAUGUUAUACCUCAAAUGUCUCUAUAAAAUAUCACUACCCAGAUAACACCUAAUUUCUGUAGCCAACAAUCUAUUGAUGAACACUUAGACUAAUUUAAGUUGUCUUCUGUUACUAACAAUGCCACAGUGAACAUUCUCAUAUUCAUUAAAUCCUUUUCCUCAUAUAUCUAUGCACUCUUAUGCCAGUAUGUCUAUAGUGAGGAUGCAUUCAUAAAAGUAAAUUACUACAUCAAAGUUAUGUUCAUUUUAAUUUUGGUGUAAAUUGCUUUACAAUGGUGUGUUAGUUUCUGCUGUAUAACAAAGUGAAUCAGCUAUAUGUAUACAUAUGUCCCCCUAUCCCCUCCCUCUUGCAUCUCCCUCCCAUCCUCCCUAUCCCACGCCUCUAGGUGGUCACAAAGCACCGAGCUGAUCUCCCUGUGCUAGGCGGCUGCUUCCCACUAGCUAUCUAUUUUACAUUUGGUAAUGUACAUAUGUCCAUGCCACUCUCUCACUUCGUCCCAGCUCACCCUUCCCCCUCCCCGUGGAGGACUGACUUUUAAAUUAGCUAACUUGGGUGAGAGGCCUUGGUAAAGUGCAAAGCACAACACAAAUGCACUUUGAGCCUUGGUUUCCCCAUCUCUGUGAGGGGAUAGUAUUCCCCUGACUCUUCCCAAACCAGUUCAGCUCAGCAACCAUUUCCUGAGCACCUGCAGGAUGCCAGACAAGAUACAGGGUCUUGAAGUAGUUCUGAUUCCCAAAUCAAGAAGCUCAUAGUCUAAAACCCUUUUUUCCUUUCUUUCCUUUUUUCUCAAAAACCUUGUAUUUUUCCUUAAAGGAGUGAGAAGUUAGGGGUUUGGUUAAUAAGAACCCCUGAAGAGAGGCCCUUUAUCACUCUCUUAAAUUUGAAUAAUUCCAAAAUAAUAUUAACAACACCCUUUGACUAGAAAUGAAAGAAAAGGAACAUACUGUAUGAAGGGCCUCUCCAAUAAUAAAUUCUAAGCAGCUGUAAAAAUACAGAGUCAAAUGAUACUUUCAUAAAGUAUUUGCAAAAUUAGAAAGUAUUAUCCUUUUUCUAGGGGGAAAUGGACAUUUUUAUUUUCUCUGCUAAGUAAAAUGCAACUAUUUCAAAAGUCAACAAACUUGAAUUUUACAAUAUACAGAACAAAAAGAACUAAGCUAACAUUAAAACAACUUACAUACUUUAUUGCAUAUAAAUUUUGAGGAUGAAAAGAACUUUAAAUAGAAUACGCCCAUGAAACUUAACUUUAGAAAUAAAAUCCCAAGAUGUUUUAACUAUAGCUAUCCACGUGUAAUAUCAUUGUGCCUGCAUGAUGGUUAUGUAAAUAUUAAAUGCAGUUCUGUAUUUGCUUUCUUCAUAUGACUUUUUAACAUUUAACUAAUACUACUUUUGUUCUUUUUUUUUUAAGUUUGAAUUUCACUCUCAGGGUACAGGGGUGGUCUGAGGGAAAGUGCAGUCAGAUUAAUAGCUAUGACCCUUCUUCAUUCCUGUUCCCCUAUCACUAAAAUAUUAUCUGUCACUUUACCCUGUUUAUUCCUUAUACAUUAUUUAUCAAUUUGUAAUGAUCUAUUUGUUUUUUGUCUUCCUUAAUAACAGGAGUAAGAAUGAGAGUACGUUCCUUGAUGGCAGGGAUUUAUCUGUCUCAUUCAUCAUUGUAGGAAGGAUCUAGCACCAUGGAGGAGGAUCUAACACAGUGCCUGUCACAUAGUAGGUGUUCAGUGCAUACUUGCCAGAUUGAAUGUAUAAUGCACUGUCCAUAGCUAAGACUUAGUUCCCACUUUAACUCUCAUGCCCUUGUAUUCAUUUAUUCACUUUAAACACUUAACUGAGUGCUACCAGAUGCCAAACACUGCAAAGUCCUAGAGAUACAGUGUAAAACAUAUGUGAUCCUAACCCCUAUGUGAUUUAUAUUUUAUGCAAAGGACAUUCAACUGAAAUUAACCAAAGCUUUUUACACUUGUUUUCUUUAUUCCCCUUUUUUAUUCCAUAGCUGAACUUCAUCCAUUUAAUGUUCACUGUCUCAAGAAAGGUGUGUGGCAUCAGAAAGCAGAGGAACACGUGCUCUUUUAAGUUUCAAAAGUCUGGCUCCUUAGGGAAUUGGAAAGGAUUCAUGAUUUAGAUCAAAGAUCUGAGAGCACAUAUGAUGUGGAAGAGCAAGGCUUUCCUACUCCCUGUCUAGGAAAUAAUUCCCCUGGCUGUGGGAGAGGAAAAAGAACAAAAAUGUUGGUGGGACUCAGAGAAAGGGGAUGGGCCCCACUUCCUGGACCACCUUCUUGGGAUCAGCAAAACCCAAUUAUAUGAGUUAGUGUUGAGAGCAGAGGAGACCCAUUCCUCACUGUACCCUAGGAUGGAAAUGAUUGCAUGGUGUGUAUAGGCAGAUAGAGCCUUGGACACCUUCAGUGAGCUUCCUCUAGCCCAGUGUGGUCCAAACUGGAAGAUCAUAUUGAUUUCCAUGAACCCAAAAGGAUCCCAGGAGUAGCAGGAAGACCCACUGGACCUAAAUGAGGAUUUUUUCCAUUCGGUCCACAUGGCCUCUCAGUGAAACCCAACUUGGAUAGUGACAACAGACCAUCUAAACCCAGAGUGCCCUGGCACUAAGUAAGCCUCCCAGAGUUUAGCAAUGACUCCCCAGAAUGGAGGGAGACUGCAAGUUGACUGAGAUUAGUAUUGGUCGAGAUCACUUAUUCCCUACCCCUGAUGUUUCCUUCCUCAUGAAGGGAGCUCCUUUCAAGAGUAACACUUCUGGCCUAUCUGCCUCUGCAUUCACAGGUAGUGACUGACAUGCGUGGUGAGCUUGGGAGAAAGAAAAAGACAUGUACUGUUUCUAGAACAUUUCUUAAUAUAUUCCUCUUUCUCUGAUCCAUGCAAACACUGCCUAUUUGUUUUUCAGGUCUUUCUCAUUUAUUACCUGCAUAAUGGCAAUGGAGGCAAUAUACCUUUCUCCCUCUCUACCACACCUGUCCCCAUCAACCUACCCACCACACUUCUGUCAGAAUUGUCUUUCUGAAACACACAUCUGAUUCUAUUGCCCCCUUGCUGCUCUUCAGUUCCUAGCACCUGCCAUUUUCUGACCCUUUCCUCUCUUCCUCCAGCAGCAUUUCUCACCCGAACAGUCACUCAGAUAGACUGUUCUGUCUAGGGAAUGUCUCCUGCCUCAUUCCCUCAGCAGAUUCCUUCUCAUCCUUCCAAGACACCCCUCGAUACACCUCUUCUGUGAAGAUCCUGACACAUGCUGCUUCCCCCCAGCCAGCACCAGCACUCUAGGUGCUAUCUCUUGUUCAUACCUCUGUCCAGCCCCUCUUCCCACUCGGGGGUGGUAGAGUAUGAACUUCCAUCCCAAGAGGAGUUGCUGACCUAUUUGUCCAGACACCCACUGGGGUACUACAUUUAUUUACUAAUUUAUUUCUAUCUAGUGAACUGGGUUACUGGGUCGUCAGGGCUUGAGAUCUGGCCCUACCCUCUCUUGUGUGCUUCCUGUCUCCAUGUGGUAACAAGCAUCAGAGCUCUGGUUAAAGCCAACUAGACCCUCUCACUGUGGCUGUCCCACUCAACAUCACAGCUAGGUGAGUAAAUCAGGGGGAGUUGGGAGGGAAAUGGGAAGAUAGAAGAUUGGCUCAGAUAGUCUGUUGUUUCUUAUUUAUAUAUCGUUGCAUUGGGGUAUUUUUAUCUACAUUCUGGAGGGUGAGAAGGUUAACUGGGAGGAGACAUGCUCUAAAAUCCUACCCCAUCUCCCUAUCACUGCAAACCUUUUAAUAAAGCCUCUGUCACACUAUACUUGCAAUUAAUUUGGGUGGGAAAGGGAGGCAUGUGUCUCUCUUACUAGACUUUGAGCCCUUUAAGUCAGAGUCCAUACCUUAUUCUUUAUCCCUCUCACAGAACAUGGCACAGUAAUGUUCAAUAAAUGCUUACAGAAUACAUUUUAAAAGUGAUUCAUUGCUUUCAAAAACUCUUUUGGCUGUUUCCUGCUUCUGGCAGAAAAAAACAAAGUGAAUGAAAAAGAAAAUGAGAUGGGAGUUUAAGCACAUCUACACCAGCUAGUUCUACUAAAGUUGGAAUGAUGUAAUGGAUUUUUCUAGAAGAAGGAAGUGUAUGCUGCAUAAGUUUGACCAUAAAACUCACAGUGUGAUUGCAGUGGAAGGGUUGUAAAGCACAUACACAAAUAUUGUUGAUUUGCCCAAGAUUUUGAAAAAUACAACAGAAUGAUUUUGGUAUGGAAGGGUAGGUAAAGCCUGAAACCAAAAUACAUGUGCGUUUCAAGGCAACAGUGUUAAACUUCUAUUCUUACAGGUGAAUUAAUCAUGUUGCUAAAGAGUUGAUUUGGUACAAGGCAGUUAUGUAUCGCCACAGUACUCUGAAGGUGCAGAAAUUAUCCCGUCUAUAAGUCCAUUGGAAUUGCUUGUGUGUGCUGUUUCGCAAUAGAGAAAUACAUCUUUCAUUAGCAAAAUAUGGGGUGAGAAAACAGGAAGACAAAAGAAAUUGGGUGGAUAAUAAAGUUACCUUGGCAUAUAGACAGUUCAGGUCAGGCAUUUCUCUGAAAUGGAAUAUGAAAAGAUGUUUGUGGGGAGAUCCUAUUUCUAUAUGCUGAGUAGUUUUAUCAUUCAGGGAAGUAAUCC